CCAAUUCUGGUCAGUACCGCCUACCAACCACCAACCCGGAAAACACAAACAGGCGAUAUAAAACGAAAAUUUAAGACCCUAAACAGUUUACCUCCUGACUGAAGUCUCCCUUACCCUCCGCCCGCAAGGAGUGAAGUAGCUGCUCAAUCAUUCAACAAGAUGACGGAAGUCUCAAUCAUCCGCAUCCCACCUCACCACUACAUCCAUGUGCUGGACCAGAACACCAAUAUCGCCCGUGUGGAGGUUGGGCCGCUUACCUACAUCAGACAGGACAAUGAAAGAGUGCUGUUCUCCCCUGUGCGUAUGAUCAUGGUCCCCCCUCGCCACUACUGCGUAGUGCUGAACCCAGUGACACGUGACGACAAUGGACAAGUUCAGUUUGACCAAUCGGGACAGGCCAAGCUCCGCCACGCCGACUUAGAGAUACGACUCACUCAGGAACCUUUCCCCCUCUACCCCGGAGAGGAGAUCCAGCAGCACGUAACAGUGCUGCAGAUCGUCUACCCAGACACCGCUUUACGUCUGCAGGCUUUGCUGGACUUUGAGGAGGAAGGAGGGGAGAAGAGAGUGGCUGGAGAUGAAUGGCUGUUUGAGGGGCCAGGGACCUACAUCCCUAGGAAGGAGGUGUCUGUGUUGGAGACCAUUAAAGCCACAGUGAUCAGGGAGAACCAGGCUAUCCGCCUCCGUGCGCGUAAGGAGGGAGUGGACAGGAGCGGAGUCCACAGGGUCACUGGUGAGGAGUGGCAAGUGAGCAAGGUGGGGGCAUAUCUCCCAGGGGCCCAUGAGGAGGUCCUGGACAUUGUCAAUGCUUUCAUCCUCACAGAUAAGAAAGCGCUUCAUGUGCGGGCUGUACGGCCAUUCCGUGAUGCCGGUGGGCGGGAUCGUCGCACAGGUGAGGAGUGGCUGGUAACCGUGGCAGAGCGGGAGGCACACAUCCCGUCGGUUUCAGAGGAAGUGGUGGGAGUGGUGAACGUGACCACACUGAGCAGCCGCCAGUACUGUGUGAUCCUGGAUCCGGUCGGAGUGGAUGGCAAACCGCAGCUCGGCCAGAAGAGGGUCAUCAAGGGUGAGCGUUCGUUCUUCCUGCAACCGGGGGAGCAUUUGGAGGCAGGCAUCCAGGAUGUCUAUGUUCUCUCUGAGGAGGAGGGCUUGGUACUGAGGGCUGUGGAGGCCUUCAAUGAUACCUAUGAGCAUGAGGAGGAGGAGUAUGAGGAGGAAUCGGAGAGGGCCAAGCGCUCCCGGAAGGUUGGAGUCCUACGUCGUCCUGGUGACCGCUGGAUGCUGCGCGGACCAAUUGAAUAUGUCCCCCCAGCCACCGUGGAAGUGGUUCUACGGCGACAGGCCAUUCCACUGGAUGAGAACGAGGGGAUCUAUGUCCGGGACAUCAAGACCGGAAAGGUCCGGGCUGUGAUUGGCCACACCUACAUGCUGACGCAGGAUGAGGAGCUGUGGGCCAAGAACCUGCCCAUGAAUGUCGAGGCCCUCCUGGCCUCCACCAAGGACCCCCUGGCUGACCGCUCGGACCACAGCAGGGAGGUGGAGGCAAGGGAACGGGACAAGACCAAGGUGGUUUCUUACAGGGUGCCCCACAAUGCUGCUUUGCAGGUCUACGACUACAGGGAGAAGAAGGCCAGGGUGGUGUUUGGACCAGAGAUGGUAAUGUUGGGUCCUGAUGAGCAGUUCACUGUGCUGUCCCUGUCAGGGGACAAGCCCAAGAGGGCCAAUGUCAUCAAGGCCGUGUGUCUACUACUGGGGCCCGACUUCUUCACUGACAUCAUCACCAUUGAGACCGCUGACCACGCACGCCUUCAGCUCCAACUCUCCUAUAACUGGCACUUUGACCUGAAAUCUCCUGCCGAUGCAGCACAAGCCACAGCUCUGUUUUCAGUGCCCGACUUUGUGGGGGACGCCUGUAAAGCGAUUGCCUCUCGUGUCAGAGGAGCUGUUGCCUCUGUGCAGUUCGAUGACUUCCACAAGAACUCCAACCGGAUCAUCUGCUCGUCUGUGUUCGGCUUCGACGAGAAGAUGGCAGUGCGCUCUAACCUGCGCUUCCCACAGAACAGCCUGGUGAUCAGCAGUGUGGACAUCCAGUCCGUGGAGCCAGUAGACCAGAGGACCAGGGACGCCCUGCAGAAGAGUGUACAGCUGGCCAUUGAGAUCACCACCAACUCUCAGGAGGCCGCUGCACGCCAUGAGGCAGAGCGUCUGGAGCAGGAGGCGCGUGGUCGUCUGGAGAGACAGAAGAUCACAGACCAGGCAGAGGCCGAGCGUACCAGAAAAGAGCUUCUGGAACUGGAGGCCCUUAGCGCGGCGGUGGAGAGCACAGGGGCAGCGAAGGCCGAGGCCCAGUCCAGAGCAGAGGCAGCCCGUAUCCAUGGAGAGGCAGCUGUCAAUGAGGCUAAACUGAAGUCUGAGGCCCAGAGGAUCGAGGCUGAGAGUGAGCUGGCCCGCCUGUCCAAGGCCCGCGAACAGGAACUUAACUAUAAGGCUGAGAUGGAUCGUUUGGAAGUGGAGAAGCAGCAGAAAUUGGCUGAGAUCGAGAGCAACCGCUUUAAGGAGCUGGUGAACAGCAUUGGCGCUGACACCCUGAAGGAAAUGGCCAGAGCCGGCCCAGAGCUGCAGGUCAAGCUGCUACAGUCUCUUGGUUUGAAGUCCACUCUGAUCACAGACGGCUCUUCUCCCAUCAACCUCUUUAGUACGGCCAGCGGCCUGCUGGGGGCUCUAUCUCAGGGUCAGGGUCAGGGCCAGUGAGAGGAGGAAAGAGGAAGCCAACUGGAAGAAAAUAAAUGUGCCUGGGGAAAAUACAUUUCUUAUUGUCCCUAAAGCUUUUCAAGCCUUAAUACUUCCAGAUAUAUUUGUUUUGUUUCUGCACUUUGAAGGGUUUGAAAACCCCCCAAAAAACCAAAAAGUUUGGGAAUUUUUUUCAAUUUGUUUUCUAUUCAUGAGGUUUAUGCAAAUGCAUUUAAUUUGUCGGUCCAUUUAUCAAUCUUGGAUUUUCCUGACAGCAUUAUGCCUUGUCAUCACUUCAGCUUAUAGCCACGGUCUGUCGACCAACAUUGACUGGAUAGUGGGUCUUUAAUCAAUUAAGAAAACAUACUUUAUAUUUCAUGUAACCAACGGUUGUCAGUUUGCCUUGUGUUACUUAUACAGUAUUGCUUAAUAAAAAGAACAUUCAGCUACAUGCUGUGCCUUGA